AUUCCUCGGCUAACUUAUACAACGCGGCUUGAGAGGAGGUGAAAAUAGGUCAUGCUUACGAAAUCAUUACAAUGAUCCAGAACCUCAAAAACAUGUCGUUGUGUUUCUACAACGUUUCAAUCAACACAAACGUAAAUUACACAGCUAUGUCUAAUCGCAAAACAAAUCCAACAAGUAUUGAUUCAACAAUUUCGUUUUUAUUUGUUCACGUGUGUUCUAGUAUUGGUGUUACACACACAGGUAUGUUAUCGUGACGCGACAUACGGGAUCCAUGCGUUGCUCUCAUGCAUGUACGUUCACAGACAGAAGAGCGGAGGGGAACUACGAUAAUGUAUGUCAAAUCAAACACCGCGACUUGUGUUAGAUAACUCUAUAUGUCACCAGUCCGCUUUCCUUCUCACAACGCUUGAACGGAUUAUAUAUCGCCAGCUCAAUGGCUGUCGUUACAGCUACCCCCAGUCGGCGGAACCCGUGUGCUCAGGUGGUCACGUGUCUGGACUGAUGGUCGAGUUCAUCCACCCGGUGCUCGUAUACUCAGUAGAUGUUAAUUUCUCCCCCGUCAACAGACCACUUCUAACGGUAAAGCCAGGACGACGAGAGGGACGGCCUGAUCACGUCGCCCUCAUACCAAGCGACCUCGUGUGCAGUUUCUAAUAAGAUUCACACACGAAGCGAGGAGCGGAUUGGAAGUUUACAGGUGGUUGAUUGACAUUGUUCUAAGCCGUUGAUGUGUACCUCAUCUUUGGUGAAGAGAAGCAAAACGAUCAAACAUGUCAUCUAAAACCAAAGACAGCCGAGCCUUCCUAGGGAACAACAAUUAUGACAUGGCGAAGAAACCGGAUAAGGAGGUCAAAUCGGAAGACGAAGUGUAUUGUGGGAUAGGUGGGUGCCGACCCAAUGCGCUAAAAUGCUGUGCAACCAUGAGCGUAUUCUCGGCGAUGUACAGUCUGUCUGGCUUGCUGACAUCUACCGUCUCCAUCUACAUCAACUCGCAGAUCACAACGCUAGAAAAACAGUUCGGGUUCAGCAGUUCAGUCAGCGGCUUCCUCCUCAGCUGCAACGACAUCGGUUACUUGAUGACAACAAUAGCCAUGAGCUACAUCGCUCGUAGGACUCACAUACCUCGGGUUUUGGGCCUGUCUACCAUUUUGUUUGGAGUCUCGGGUCUUAUUUGCAGUAUUCCGUAUUUUGCAACCAAAAAUGACCUUCACCCCUUUGUCAAUUCAACAGGGGUCAACAAUUCUCAGGUGCUUGGAGGACGAUUGUGUAGCAUAGGUCAAGGUCAAGGCCACGGUAACAAUUCUGUAGGUUACGGUUGUGAAGAAAGGACAGUUUCAGGCAAUAAUGCAAACACACCCGAGUCUAUAAGAAGUAUGGCCAUUGCUCUUAUAGCUAUAGGAAUGAUCCUGCAAGGUUUUGGGAAAUCCCCUCGUUACCCGUUCAUCGCAACGUAUGUUGAUGAUAACGUAGAUAAAACGAAGACAACCUUGUACCUAGGGAUCAUCACUGGUUUGAGUAUAUUUGGACCAGCCAUAGCAUUCACGCUAGGUGGCGUGUUCAGCAAGAUGCCUGUUACGUUGGAAGCUACAACUCUUACCCCACGGGAUCCUCGAUGGAUCGGGGCGUGGUGGCUGGGCUUCCUCGUGUUCGGGAUAGGUGGCAUCCUCGCAAGCAUCCCCCUCUUCUUCUUCCCCCGGCGUAUCAAACCACGUGACCAAACCAUCUCCAGAGUGGAGAAAAAGAGGAGGGUUAGCUUAAAAAAUGACAUGAAAGAGUUGAUGAAGGCGGUGAUUCGGCUGCUGACCAAUCCUAUCUACAUGUGCAUGGUACUGGCUACCUGCUUCACCUUGUUCGCCAUCAGUGGGAUGCUGUCUUUCCUGCCUAAAUACAUCGAAGUCCAGUUUCAAAUACCAGCAUGGAAGGCAAAUAUCAUACUAGGUGCCCUGAACGUAGUUGCUGCUGCUGGCGGUUCCAUGUUAGGAGGUAUCAUCACUUCCAAGCUGAAGUUGCGACCCAUCACCUGCAUUAUCUUCAUCACGGGGAUAGCCUCUGUGUCCGUGAUUCUCAGCGCUAGCGGCUUCUUCCUUGGGUGCCCCCAACCCCACAUCGUGGGACACCAUACCACUCAGAUGGCCAGUAACACGACGGCAUUGCCUUGGACCUGCACAUCGGGCUGUGGCUGUGACGUCAACGACUUUUUCCCCGUGUGUGGCGAGGAUGGGAUCAGCUACCAGUCCCCAUGCCAUGCAGGAUGCCCAUCAAUGGACGCAGAGUAUUACACGGGGUGCACGUGCAUCUCCGGCAACUCCACAGCAGUGCCUGGUCUGUGUGAGAGCAGCUGCAGCAACCUAUACCCCUACGUCGCCAUCAUGUUCUUCAGUGCCUUCACAGCGACCCUCGGAAUGAUGCCUGGGUUUAUAGUCACAAUCAGAAGCGUAUCAGAAGCAGAUAAACCGCUCGCCAUAGGCUUGUCAGCGUUCCUCAAUACCUUACUAGGUUGGUUCCCAGGACCAGUGUUGUUCGGGAAACUAAUCGACACGACCUGCCGUACGUGGGCCACUUCCUGUUCCGGUUCAGGGGCGUGUCUGCUUUACGACCUCCGUGGCUUCAAUCUCAAGUACCACACUGUGUUCGUCGUUACAAGAGGAAGUUCCGUCCUUCUCUAUAUCGUAGCCUUAGUAAUCGCCAAGAAGAAAACCAGACCUUUCUUUUUAGAAACGCCAAAAGUUGAUAGCCCCGAGAAAGAGAAAUUUAUUGUGAAAAAUGGUGUGAACGGGGAUCUACGUCACAGUAAGGUGUAGUGUUGAAGGCAUUUUUUGUGAAGUGUAGUCAAACACUGGACGAACAUAGUAAUAGUACCGAUAGGAGACGAUUUAACGCUACCUAUCGUUUUCUGGUUUGUGAUAAUCCAGCACUGUGCUGGCCGUAGCUCACCUGCAAAUCUAUGCCAUCGACGGUGCUCUUAACAGGACCAAUCUCAUUCAAAUGUAACCUUUUACUCCGAUACGAUACUUUUGUUCGUAAAGAUCGGAGGACAACUCCAUUGAAUCUUGGGUCACCACUUUCUAAUCAGCCAAUCAAAAUCGAGUCUUUUAAAAUUCAGAAGUAUUAAUAAAUAUUGCUGGAAUAUUGCUGAAAAUGGCGUAAAACUAAACUCGUUUCUUCCUUUAGAUUGUAAGGUCAAAGUUCGCUGUUACCCUACGUGACCUCCUAUAUAGUGUCCCAGAUCUGGAUUCAGAUACAGGUAAAGUAUCUACAUGUAAUGAGAUGGCUGUUAUUACAGGUAGGCAUUCUGGCGUAGACAUAAGGAAGCACAGUUGAAAGUGGAGAAAAAGUAUUAAUGUAUGUGCUACUCCCAAUGAUACCUCUGACACCUGCCCCAUGGAAAUAUAGACGAAGAAUACUUCAGUGCGCUGUAAGGACGAACAAUGACGAACAAUGACGGCAGCGUGAUACUGUGACAAAGCAUGUUUGUUAAAAGUCCUGUUGUCUUCAAAGUCAUUUUCUUGAUCCAGUGUACACACACACACACCACACACACACACACACACACACACACACACACACACACACACACACACACACACACACACACACACACACACACACACA